GAUAAAGUGAGAAAUAAAAGAAAAUUCAAAAAGAAGAAAAAAAAUUGUUUUCCAACAAAAUUUAAGAAAUUUGUAAUUGCAUUUGUGUUCAACUGUGAGCGUUUGAUGUGAUGUGAGCUUAAAAAUAAACUUUUUUUUUGCGUUGCAAAAAACACAAAAGCUUAUAACAACAACAAUAACUUUAACGAGGACGAGUGUGUUAAAAGAAUUUAGUGUUAAAGUAAGCAAAUGAAAAUGAGUUACUAAAAAAUAAGAAUACAUAACAUCUCACGGUAGUGCAUAUGAUUUUAUUCUUUUCUUUACAAUGUCUACUUUAUGUGUGCCCGUAGAAAGCAACGGCAAUACUGUACACGUAUAUGCAGAAAAAUUUUGUUCUAUUCUAAUUUCUCUUGUUGAACGCUUUGUUAACGCUAUACGUUGUGGCGAUUUAAUAUAAACAUUGGCCUUAUAAACUAAAACAGGUAAAGAUUUUCUUCUGUUUGCUACAUCGUGGAAUAACCGUUGAAGAAGGUGAUUUUCAUGAACGAAUGAAGCAGAAAUGAAAAAACGUGAGAGGUUAAUCGUAAGGACUGUGGAGACAACAAUCGUCGAAAUAUUGUAAAACUUAAAAAAAUAAAAAUACAAAUCCAAAAUCUAAUAGAAAUCCGUACCAAAGUUUAAAGUUUAUAUCAAUUAAAAAAGAGUUUAAGUUAAAAAAAAAAAAAGAAAAGCUGAAAUGCCUACAGAAGAUAAGCGAAGUAUAACUUCGCCAACAUCAACAACCAAUGCUAAGGACAAUAACGUUAUAAUACCUAGAUUAGAGGAACAACAUCAACAAUAUCCAUCAAAACAGCAAUUACAGGAAUUAACGCAAUUAUCAAUUGAAGAACGCGAACAGCAACAUCGACCACAUCAUAAUAGUAAAUUAAAUCUAACAAUGGAAAUUGAUAAUAUGUCAACAUCGCAAACGUCAACCACAUCAUCGAAUGCUAGUUGUAACGGGAGUAAAAAAACGACCAUUGCUUCGGCCGAUCCCACAGCCUAUGUGGCCAAGGCUAGAGUAACACGUCCCACACCGCCACCACCACCAUACAAUCCUAUGCAAUUUGUACAAAUUAAACCUUGCAAUUUGUAUCAAACAGCUCAGGAGCAACUGAAAAAAGCAGAAGAAGUGAAGAAAAUCCAAGAAAUACGGAAGGAGGAACCAGAAGAUUGGCAGAAUAAUCUUGACAAUUGGAAAUCGUCACGUAGAAAACGUGUUGAACAUAUCAUUGAUCGUGUGGUGGAAGUGAAAAAGCUUGAAAUGGAAGAACAUGAUCGCACGCGUCGAAAAUCGAAAACGUUUUCUGAAAUGAUCGAAGAAAGAGGUGAACGGGCAGGUCGGAGUCUUAAUAAAUUAGCCUCAUUAGCUGUUUACAACGAAGAUGAAUCGAAUGAUUUAAGUGACCUUGGUAUUGGUACAAGCAGUGCCAGUGGAAAAAGCAGUUUAUCUGAGGACUGCGACAACAACAGUGCUAUAAGUGAUAAUGUCGUCGAAUUUGAAACAGCAAUCAUGGUGACAAGUCAAAAAUCUGCGAAAAAUAGUACAACACGAGAGUACAUCUCCUCGCCUGGUUAUGAAACAUCUUCGAGCACAGCACCCGCUAGCUCACCCGAUCCUUGUGAAUACACUUAUGAGGGUGCCAUACAGGAUUACAAACAAAGGGUGUCAAGAGCUGCCUGUGGCUUAAUGGCUUUAAGCCUAAAUAAAAUUACUGUCAAUAAUACUAGUAAUGGCAUCGUUCACUCAAAAGAAUCGACACCCGAGAGGUCUUCUAAUGGCAGCCAGAAUGGUAAUGCCGGUUUUAAAGAAAUCUAUCCACCUCGUCGAGGUAGUAAAAUUGAAGAUCGCUUAAUAGGCUUUGAAGUACAAUCGCCGAGCGAAGAAUGUGUGGAACAGAAAAAAGUCGAUGUACCAAAAAUCGAUAUUUCGAAGCGCAAAGAAAUUUUCGAAAAUCAACAACAAUUAGCUCAACAGUAUGUACCAAAGUCUCAAGGAGUCUUAGCUAAUACAGAAUCAGGCACAUCAGCAGCAAUGCAACGUGUUUCUUUACUUGAUCGUUUCAAGGUACAAGACAAUCACAGCGAAUUGUCAGAAUUUAACCGAAAGGACAAUAAAUGUUCAUCGGGUGAGAUAACUAGCAUAAAAGAUCGUUUACAAAGCUUAGAGCAAAAAAAACAGAAUUUAGUCAAAAGUGGAAACAGUUUGACAAAAUCGUCCAUAGUCGAUAUACCUGUGCCACCGUUAAAGGAGCGUUUAUCUAGUUUACAAAGUGCUGUAGCCAAAGAAGAGGUACGUAAACCCCCCGUUGCUCUGGUCGACGCUCGUCAACUGGAAAUUAUGAAAAACGAAGAUGAAAAAGCAAAACAGGCUCUGAGAGAAGUAUCACGCAGCGAGAUCAACAAUGAGUACGUCAAAGCUACGAACGAUAACGAACUUGAACGAGGUGAUAGCCGAGUGCAUAGCGCCGAUAAUAUAGAAGUUGACAAUCGUGGUUUGCAGGUCGAACAAUUGCAAAAACAACAGGAACACAAGUUGCAUGCUGCAAUCGAAGCGCUGGCUUUGGAAGAACAGCAACUGGCGGCGGCAGCCAAUGUAGUCAAUCAAAUCGAAGCUGAAUUUGAGGAAUUGUCAUUGGGAUCAGUAGCUUUAGCCCCGUUGCCCACAGCUGUGUCAUCAUCACCCAUACCAGUGGCAACUACUUCCCCCAGUACUAACGAAACCAUGGAAUAUAGUAUCAACGAAGCUCUAGAAUUGGCGCUGGCAGCAAUUGACCAAGAGUCUAAGCGUACAGAGUCAUUAAUUAUUGAAGGGGUUUCAGCUACCAUAACCACCACCGCUACUACAACAACAAUGCUGCCCUCCGCUACCGUUAACACUUCUAGCAAUGCCGAGAUUUUAAUCAAUAAAACCGAUGAAGAAAAGGUUGAAAAUUUGCAAUAUUUACAGACGAACGAAAUUUUUUGUCAACAACGACAACAUGAAGAAAAAGGAGAAGGACUUUUGAAAUCAGUAUCAUCCAUAGAGGAAGAGAAAACAGAGGAAGAAAUUUCCAAAGAACCCAUAUACGAAAAUGUCAAUCCCGUAACAGCAUUAUCGAGAGUAUCUCAAAACAUUCCAAGUACGACUAGUAAAUCAUUGAUAUCAAACAGCAACGAUCAAAUUUCGAUAAUAAUGAACAACAAUAAUAACAAUAGUGUUAUCAAUAGUAAUAAUGAAUCGUAUGAUAGUCAGACUAACAAGAUAAAUCACAAUUACAAUAGUACUAUAGUUGGUUUAACUAACAAUGCUUUCGCUAAUCCAAUGGCAAAAAUUGAAAUGGACGCCUUAACAACUACUGCCGCAGCUACUGCUGCUGCUGCUGCCACCAUUACCGCUAAUGCUCUUAUCACUAUCGCUGCUACUGUAAAUGUUACUGGUACUACCACUAUUGCUACAACUACUACUGCAUCAUCAACUACAGUUACUACAAAUAACAGUACCAAUAAUUUGCAACUGAUAACACAAGCCAAGGAGACAACAUUUAAUGAAAUUAGUAAAAACCCUAAACAGAAUUGCACGGCACUGAAAACUUUUAACGAGCCAACGAUGAACCUGACAAUUACCGCUAACACUCAUACCGAGACAGCCAUCGAUUUGGAACCCUACUAUCAAGUACCAAAGUCUUGUGAACCCUACUAUGACGCACCUAAACAUUUAAAACCCAUACCGGUUUAUGAAAACAUUGAAAUGUUUUUUAAUGCUUCAGCAAACAAUGAAUUAUCAUCUCUAGAAAAUUCUGCAACUCUAGAACCGCCAAAAGAGAAACCACCACCACCGCCAUGUGAAAGUCCACCACCUAUUGAUGAACUUGACGCUCAAACGGAUGCUUAUUCUUCAGACAAUACUUAUGAAACUUUGACACGUCAUCAACAUCAUUAUCAUCAUCAUCAUCAUCAUCAUUCUAAUCAUUUACUUCAAUCACCUUCUGGUUUGAUUGAUCACCAACAUUUGCCACAUUCACCACCCAUUAAACGCAUGAAUUCAACCAAACGUAUUAAGAAAGAGUUGCGCAACAAACGCUCCAGUUUUUUGGGCAUAGAAGGUUCCAAUUUAGAAGACGAUGAAACUUAUUUGGAAUUGACCGUAGCUCCUCCGCCAGAUAUGGCUCAAUUGCUGCAGGAAGAAAGGCGUCUAGAAAAGCAGCUGUAUUUAAAAGCAGGUCUAUGCGACAGUUCAGACACUGGUGAAAGUCGUGAUUCUGGCGUUUCUGAAAACCAUUCACGUCAAAGCAGUGAACACUACACUAAUUCAUCCGAAGAAAAUGAUUCUCAUGAUGUUAGUACAUCGCCUUUGACGCUAGAAACUCAAUCACCCUCGGAUCCACCAGCCUCGGAACUUAUCUAUCAAAACGACGGUUUAUUACAGGUCGCUCCCACACCUUUACUUCAAACUGUUAAAGGUAAUUCGGCAGAAUCUUGGACUGAAUCAGCUACAGUGGCUGCCGCGGCAACUAAAUCCCUAACUGAAGCUACAGCCACAGCAAAUGCCAAAAUGAUGUCUAUUGAAGAAAAAAUACGUGAACAAGAAGAAGUGUUGCGCGUCGAACGAGAACUUUUACAGUUGGAACAGGAGGAAUUGAAAAGACAACGUGAAAAUUUAAUGUUACGUGAGAAUAUAGCGCGACGUGAAUUGCAACAUGGUGCAAAAAUGUUGAUGUCAGCUAAUCGAAGAUCGCUACAGGACUUAAAUGGAUUAAAGGAACACAAUGUUUCGAUAAACGCAGAUAAUGUAAACUUAGAUAGUCUUAAGGGUAGUGGUCUGGAGAGUGCAUAUUUGGAACCUAGAGGCCAAGCCGUUGUGUUAAGUCAUCAUUAUGCAGGAAAAAUGUUGCCACCACAGCCACAACAUUCUCAGCAAAUCUAUGCUAACAUAUCGAACUUACAACAGCAAUACUAUCACAUGGACACUGAUUAUCGAAAGUCAAUGUCGGAUAUCAACGAGUUCUCUAAAUGCAUGAUUGCACCUCCAAUGCCACCAUCAAAGCCAAUGCGCGCUACGCAUGUGAAUGUUGGUAGUGACCAACUGGAAUUUGGUACACGGCAAACACAUUCGCUAAACACUCAACAGUUUGGUGGUUCAUUAGUGAAGAUUGCCCAACCUGUUACACCAUGUCGAGGCACUAUCUACUCCAAUUACCUUCAUCAAUCGGCGCAGAAUUUAAAUACUUCAACCGCCCUCGCUACCCAUAAAAAAGACAGUGUAACAUCAACAACCAGCAUGAACAAUAGUCAACCCAUGUAUCCAGGUCAUAUGUCUCGCAACACUUUACAUGCUCUGAGUGCCGCUCCUAAACCCAAAUAUACUGACGGCUGGGUUCAAGUACAAAAUCGUAAGUCCAUCGACAGUAAUUUGGCCAAUGAUUCCGCCUGGCUGUCCGCGUAUCAACAGAAACGCAAAUCGAUGCCUGACGCUUACGGAAGCGGCAGCAAUCAGUGGCUCGUAAAUGAACAACCUCAUGCUCAGUUUAAGCGCAGCACCAUCUCUUCUAACAAUACAGCUUUGCAUCAAUCUAUGAAUGGAUCCACUAAAUUAACCAAUGGCUUAACAACAGCAACUGCCACAUCAACAGUGUCAUCGUCAUCUGCCAUUAACAAUGGUAAACCAUUGCCUGACUCGAUAAUACAAACUCUUACCGAAAGAGUGCAAAGCAAAGGACUGGGAGAACGUAAACGAAAUCAUUUGGAUAAAAGUCCCCUACCCGGUAUUUCUACGUUCCAUCAACAUCCGUAUCCGUCUGGUAGCAAAAUGACGCCGACACACCUGAAUGCCGCAAAUCCGCAACAAGCUUCUGCUAUGUUAACAGGCACUAGCCAACGUUCUAUUUCGCAUAGGGUGAACACAAAUGGUCAAAGCGCCACCGCGACGUCUUCGUCAUCCCCAUCAACAGCAACAACCCAGGAUAAAGUUUUGAGUGUUAGUGGAAAGAAAAAAUGUUCCCAUUGUGGCGAGGAAUUAGGUAAACUAUGCAUCUACAUUGGUUAUUUGGGUUGCUCACCGGAAAAAUGUCGUCACAUUCAUCGAGAGUUGAAAUAUAUAGUUUGGGUGUAAUUCUUUGCAUAUUCAUCCAUGGAAAACAUACAUGAAAAAUUCAUGAAAUUUUUUCUAAUUUAUGAAAAAUGCAGAUGCCAUCACAAUUACUAAAUUUUGUUUCUGGAAUUUAUUGGGUUUUCUUUUUUUAAAAAUAUGAUGUCUUCAUUUUUCUUAUCAGUUUAUUUAAUUUUAUAAUUUCUUAUAUAUUAUUCUAAUAUCGGGACGUGUAGUUGUGGUUUGAUUAAACGGACUCUUUUGAAAAAGCUUUAUAAAAUGUGGGCGUACCUUAGCCUUCUUCCACCCCCUCACCGCUUCUCUAAAUUUUGCAUACACCAAAAAAUGGAAUACAGAAAUAGUAAACCACUUCGUGGAUGCAAAGCGGCUCUCUAAAGGCUUUAAAGGAAAUUUUAAAAAACUUCCCUAGACCAGAUUGCAAGAAAAGAGUGCUCAUCUGCCGAAAUAUCAAAGUUUACAAUUGAUUUUAAUCCAAAACUUCCAAGUUUUCUUCUUUUUCCAAUUCUCAUAUAAAGCUGAAAGUUGAGUCAUAUUUACUCCCGUUUACUACCCAACGAUUAGUUUUGAAAGCAGGCGUGAAUUGCUUACAAAGCCAUCAACAAAAAUAAAAAAACGACUAUUUAUUUAAACCAUAAAUGUCAAAAUCAAUUGAUUGAAACAAAAAAACAUAUGAGUUUUGUGCUCUUCUUCAACUUCAAGUUUGUUAGACUUUUUGAUGUCUUCAUUAAUAACAUGUGGCUCAAACAAGAAUAUAUGAAACAUGUUUUGAACUUGUGUUAAGGUCCGCUGCGCAGUUGGUACGAGUAUUUGACAUUAAAGACAUUAAGAGUCAGCAUGAAGCGGAGCUAACUAUUCUUCUCGUUACAGGUUUAAAAAUUUUUUAUAACUAUAGAGGCUAAAAAUUUCAAUAGCCAAGAUAUGAAAUGCUUUAUUAUACUUAGAUUGUAAGCCUUUUCGCCAAACAAGAACCGGUAAAAACGCCUGUUGUCAAAAAUGCUGAGUUGUCCAAAUCGCGGUCUGUAGGGAUUGUUUGCUUUUUUCGUUAAUCUUGUGUUGGACUUGUAUACUUCUUUAUAGCAAUUAGUCAAUUUUUGUUUGUUCAUUUUAUCACGUUUUAUUUAUUUUUCUUUUUAUUUUCGUAAUAAAUUUUUUUCAAUUUCAUUGUCGUUAUCAGGACGUGGAGCUGCUAUGAUUAUUGAAUCUUUGCUAUUAUUUUAUCAUAUCAACUGUUUUAAGUGCUGUGUGUGUCACGUUCAAUUGGGUGA